UAUAUUUAUAAGUUAUUGAUUUAUUGUAACCUAUGACCUAACAAUAUAUAAUAACAUAUUAGUGAGAUCUACAUAUAAAAGAAAAUAACUAAAGGUUGUAUUUCCACGCUAUAUAGUUGAGGGGGGCCUGCGCAUAUAUACGUAUACCUCCAAGUCCUAGAAUCUCUCCUGUGUCCGUUAGCGGGCGCAUGGCAUUUCCGUGAUUUCGCCCACAUACACGGUUUAAGUUUUAAUCGUGGGGGUUUUAGUGAGAGAGGAGCAGUGCACGCUCUUCUCUUCUCCCACUCUCUCUCUUCUCACUCCUCACCUCCUCCUUUAUUGCCUUUAUCUCUCUCUCUCUGUUCAACAAAAGAGAGGUAGAGAGAGAAGAGGAUGAGGUAAGGGGAAACGAGAUGCGAAACGAGAUGGGAAACGCGAAGAAGACGAUGCUAACGUCUUCGUCCCGGCGCGAGGCCGGGUCCGGUCACGGCCCCUCCACCAGCAAGCGGAGCAUCGGAUGCAUCUCCGGUAUCUUCCACUUCUUCUCCCGCCACCAUUCCCACCCCCGCAAACGCCUCACCCCUGCUUCGAAGAAGGAGAACGCCGUUAUCUCGCCGCUAAAACGGAACGAAGCAGAACACGAGGACGGUAAAAAGAGGGAUGCGUACCUCGCCGUGACGGCGCCGUCGAGCGCGGCGGAGAUCCGGCGCCGCCGCUCGUGCGAUGCGCCGCGGAGCCCCACGAUCCCCGCCGAGAUCCGGCGAUCGUGCUCCGCGGCCGCGUCCCCCCGCGGCGCCGCCCCCGCCCUGGUGGCUCGGCUCAUGGGCCUCGAUGCGCCGCCGCCGACGUCGCCGCAGCCGCCGCGGAAGCUGCUGGGGGCGCUGGAGCGGUGCGACGAGGACCUCAAGGCGCUGCGGCGGAUCAUCGAGGCCGUACGAUCGGCGGAGAUGCGGGUGAAGGCGCUGGGAGCGGCGGGAUCGGACGGUGGGGAUUCGAGGAUGGAGAGGGGGAUCAGGUGGUGGGAGGGGAAGGGGGAGCUCCCGAGCCCUAAUUCGGUGCUCGACGCGAUCUCGUCGCCUCGGUUUCGAUCCAAAAGGCUGGACCAAUACGACGAGAAAAGCGCUGGAGCUGCGACUACGACCGUCGGAUCGAGGAUCGUGAAGCCCUCGCGCAUGGGCGUCGCCUUCUCAGGGAACCACAACAUGGAGCCGCGCGGCAUCAUCCACCGUCCGACGACGAUCGAGGGGCUCCCAAGCAUGUACAAAGGAGCCAAAGCUUUCGACGAUUUCGGAGCGGAACGGAUCUCCGCGGGGACGGACGUCGGCGGGCGGCGCCUGCAGUGGCGGCGGCGGAGGAGGAGCCUCGCGAUGGCGCAGAGCGUCGACGAAGUGUGGGAGGAGGGGGUGUGGGAGGAGAAGUGGGAGCUGGGGAGAAUGGUGGUGGGAUUGGAGUGGGAUAUAUUGGAGUGUUUGGUGGAGGACGUGGUGUUGGAGCUCUUGUUAUCUCAUGAUCAGUGUGUUUGGAACUUCUCACUAAUGCCACUGAGGAGGUGCAGGAAGAGGUUGUGUUUCUAAUGAAUAAUUUGUCUUAACUAAUGAUUCUGCUUUAAAUAUGAGUAUACAGUAGAUGAUAAGUUUAAUUA